AUGGACACGAGACCCAAUCGUCAACAAUCCGAAGAGAAUCCUAUCAUCAUUCCAGAUGAAGCGCUCCCGGAGGUUAAAGCAGGCAUACCGCAAUGCUACUGGUGUAACCUAUUCGGACAUAUGCAGCCUCUCUGUCCAUCUAGACAGGCGAAGCUAGCCCGGACUGCUCGACCGUACAGGGAUUGGCGACGUGUGGUGGGGUGCAGAACCCUUUAUAGUAUCAACGUCUUGUGGCCAUCACCGCCACCCCCAGAGGUGGCGCCGAUCCAAAUUGAUCUAACUCAGAACGUUGCUGCCCUUGAGCAAGAUGACACUACUACCGCUGAGACCAAUGGCGAAGUACUCGUCAUACAUACUGUUGUUGACGAAGUUCAAGUACCAGAUUUGUUGGUAGGUAAACUGAGCCUUAUUCAAUUCAAUCCAUCCAGCGUGAGGAGCACCGGGCCUAAUGGCGACACAGAAGUAGUGGGCUCUAACUUUGAGAUUACCCAAGUUGAAGGCACACCUGCCUACGUCGAGGUCGAGGCCGCACACGCUAGCUCUGAUAUUCAAGUAACGCCUGUCAUCGAGGAUAUCGUGGAAAAUGUGGUAUUUGGUCAAGCUGAUGCUGAACACCAGUCUUUCAUAUCGCCUUCCACCGCAACACACGAUGGCGAUGGUACAAUAACUCAGGAAGUAUUGAACGAAAUAGUACUAUUUGCAGGAGGACCAGAGGGGGUUGAUGUUAUGAAUUUACACGAGGAUUUUUUUCUUUUGAUCAUGCCACAUCCCAGUCGCAGUGAUAGUUCUAAAGUUGAUGUUCACAACAUGUUGUCACCUGUUGAUCAAACACCUGCGACCAGCGAUCGGUUCGAUUCAGUACCUCCGAUACUUCAAAUUGAAAAGCCAUCAACCGCAGGUGCCGGAGCCAUAGUUGGCGCUGAAGAUGUCGAUGACGACGGGGUUUCUCAGUUCAACACCACGUCAAACACCGAUACAAAGAAUGAUGUGACCAAAGCUUCACUUACGGAAUCUGAACAUUCUUCAGCUGCUGUAGUACCGUCAUCAGCGCGAUCUAAAGCUAAGGUCAGGGCUGUCCGUUAUACGCGUCCCCAGGUUGAAGAGGUGCCAGGUGCAGGCAGCCUGAUGGUUGUAUCUUGGCAAGUUCGCACUCAAUCAUUGAGACCAGAUUAUUCCUCCAGGCGCGCUGCAUUUCUUUACCACUUAAAUGGAUUCUACGGCUACAACGGCGAUUCCGAUCCCAUGAAACCUAUUUACGAGCCAGACCUCACGACCUGGGUGUCUGAAUGCAUUGUAAUUCAUCAAUUAGGUAGAGAGGUUGAUAUCUCGGGCUCAAGGGAUUCAAAUGAAUGGGUUGUCAGGGAAUUACAAGGUGACGGGGUGGACAUGCCCUUUCGGGGAGUAGUCAGGUAUCAUGCCUUCUGGUCAUCCACGGCCACCUCAGGUUCCCCGAGUGUCUUUGUUGCAAACAAUAGGUCUUACUAUUUCGAUAAUAGUGAUCAAAUGGACACACCUUUUAUGUUAUUUAGAGGUGAACAUCCGUGCAACGCAAUCUGCACCGAGCUUCACCUUUCGGCCCUUAAAAUAUGA